AUGAUGGGUAAAAUAAUAAAAGAUAUUAUUCAACUAACGACUAGCGAAGAAGAGUUUUCUAAAAUUUUUAUAAGAGCUAAUGAGAUGUUUGAAGAAAAUAAGCUUUUAAGCUUUUAAAAUAUUAAUGAAACAACUAAAAGAGUUUUAUAGAUGGAUGUCUCUAAGUAUGAAAUAUAAAACUCAUAAAAGGAAAACAAUUUAGAAAAAUAAGAAGGUCAAAUCGAUUAUAAUAUGGAUUACUUUUCCAUGAAUUCAAAUUGUUUAGAUUUCAAUAAAAAAUAAUAAAUUUCAGAAUCAUUUACUAAAUCAACUGCCUAAAAAAGUUUUAGAGAGUCAAAAAAAAUCUAAUAAUCUUAUGGUGAUGGCUUAAAUAAUGUGGAUAUGAACGAUUAUUGCAUUUAAGAUUCUUCUCAAAACUAUUAAUUUUCAUAAAAAAGUGAUUAAUUUCAUUUCGCUGUUAGAAAAGCUAUUGCAUAAUUUAUUCAAAAAUAAUAAUUUAUAUAAAUCAAUAAUCUUUAAUAAAAUGCAAACUUUAAUAAUGUUAAUAAUUUGAAAUACAUUAUUUACUGCACAGAAACUAUUUAGAUUUUUGAGAAUAGAAUGUUUAAGCUUUUGUGUUAACUCUUAAUUAGAUUGAAAAUUAAGUUAAUUAUUUUGGCUUAACAAAAUGGGAAUAGUUUUAUUGAAUAAAAGGAAAAUUAAACUUACAUGCAUGAUCAUCAGUAAGUAAUUAUGGUGUUUUAUGAACCUUAACAAAUUUUAAAUUACAUAAAUAAUUUGAGGUGCUAAUUUAACAAAAAAGUUUAUCCUACGAUAAUUUAGAAUCAUUGA